CUCCACACUGACCACACCUCACCGCCGCCGCCGCUGCUGCUGCUGAGGCUACGAUGAUGUGAUGAUGAUGGUGUGAUGAAGGCUGAUGAGAGGCUCGUUCAUCUCCGUCCACAUGAAGAAAAGCUCCAGUGUUUCGUCCUGGAACGACCCAAAGACACAAAGAGACAAAGAGACAAAGAGACAAAGGAGCUCAGACAGUCGGCUUCAGUUCGAACAGAAACAAACACAACAAAGAGAGUUUUGACAGCUCGGACACAGCGGUGCAUUCACUGUCUCUCUGGUCAUCAGACCGCUGAACACACAUCUCAUCAAACAUUCAUCACAUCAGUUGAACUCUCAGACCACUUCCUCUGAUUCUGUCUCUGAUGGACACUGAGCUCAAACUGAAGUCGAAGCUGAGGAAGAACACUACGGCUCCCAAGAUGCAUUUCAGCAGCAAACAUCCAAUCAGAGCUUCACAUUCUGUUGCUGAAGACUAAACUGAUUUUAUAAAAAUACACUUACUGAACUUACUGUUACCCCCAUGGCCUUCUUCAGCUGUGAUCGUGUGACCUAAAUAUGGAUCUUUCUCAGUGACCUUUGACCCCUUCCAUCAGCAGUGUUACAUCACUAAUUACUCAACGUUUUGGAUGACCAGGUGUGUUGUUCACUGUGUUCAUGAUGUCAGCGGUGUGCCGGCUGCUGAUUGGUCCACAGACAGCAGGUGAGGGUAGCUGACAGGUGAGAAGCAGCUGAGCUCAUUAAAGAUUCAGAAGCUUCACUUUGUCUCUUCAGACGUUUGGUUUGUCAGGUACAAGAGAAGCAGCACGACAAACUCAUCAUGGAUCUGGACAGCAUCGAGGGACUGAAUGAAAUUCGUCCGUCCAUCUACAGAACCGCCGUGAAACUCCAGUCUCUGCAGAAACUCUGCCAAAUGGACGUUGUGUUCGUUCGACACAUCACGGCAGCCCUGCUGACGGUGGGCGGGGUUAACCAGCAGCAGGAUGUGGUGCUAAGCUGGGAGGAAGUGACGCAGACUCUAAACAGGAUGUUCCACAGCGUGUCACAGGAAGUGCCGGGUCAUGUGAUGGUGGUGACUCCAGAGGAGACAUGCAGUCUGAUGUUCAGGAUGUUUGACUGGAGUCAGUGUGGUCGUGUGUCUGCUGGUUCUCUUCGAGCUGCUCUCAUCUGUCUGUCUGCAGAUUCUCUGAUGGUCAAAUACAGAGCACUGGUGUGUGUUGCAGCCACCUGUUCAGGUUCAGUCAGCAGGUCAUCACUCAGAUCUUUACUGCAGGACGUCAGCCAGGUUCCGGCGGCGGUGCAGGAGGAAGGUGUUUUCGGCAGCGUGGAGGCGGCAAUGAGGUCGUGUUUUAACGGGGUGUUGACCCCUUCUGCAAGCGAGGAACACGUGUUGUCAUGGUUGCAGAGCGAGCCACGCCUGUUGCUAUGGUUACCCACGCUAUACCGCCUGUCGGUCAGUAAGAAUGUCAGUCACAGCGUCCGCUGCCACACCUGCAAGACCUUCCCCAUCUCCGGACUCAGGUAUCGCUGUAUGAAGUGUGUGAACGUCCAGGUGUGUCAGAGCUGCUUCCUGACCAACAGACACACCAGGAAACACAAAACACACCAUCCAGUGCUCGAGUUCUGCACACAGCCCACCUGGAGGGAGUCUCUGUCCUCGUUAGUGCACAGUGCACGUCAUGCGCUGUUACGGCGAUACACUCGGAGAGAGGCUGACAGGAGGAGCGAGCUGGUGUGGGCGGGGCCAGAGGAGAACAGUGCUCCGCCCACAUCUGAUGCAUCAACACGAUUGGCUGCCUCAGCUGUCCAUCACAGUCCCUCCUCUGACAGACGUGUUUCCCACGAUGCCUCGCUGCCUCCUCCUCGCUCCUCUUCAUCUAAAGCCCUGCAGACUGAGGAGGAGACCCUGCCUGAGAAGGCGUCGGCUCUGCUAACUGAGGUCAGAAACCUGCAGAGAGACAAAUGGCUGUUGGAGCAACAGUUGCAGGCGUGGCGAUUAACUGUCCAAUCAGAGCAGGGAAUCCUGGAGGACAGGUGUUCUGAGAUGGAGGUUACCAUGGAAACACUGAGAGAACACAACGUCCGUCUCCAGGGCAUGCUCACACAGGCUCUGAACAACAUGGAGGCUCAACAUGCUAAAAACACGCCACAUAGCUGCAGCACGGAGAACACGGAGAACACGGAGAACGCGGAGAACACGGAGAACACGGAGAACGCGGAGAACACGGAGAACACGGAGAACACGGAGAACACAGAGAACACGGAGAACACGGAGAACACAGAGAACACGGAGAACACGGAGAACACGGAGAACGCGGAGAACACGGAGAACACGGAGAACACAGAGAACGCGGAGAACGCGGAGAACGUGGAGAACACGGAGCACGCGGAGAACACGGAGAACACGGAGAACGCGGAGAACACGGAGAACACGGAGAACACGGAGAACACGGAGAACGCGGAGAACACAGAGAACAACGCGGAGAACACAGAGAACACGGAGCACACGGUUUCUUCUGAAACACAGAGAGACACAGAGGAUGAGGAAGAAGAAGAAGUGUUGAUGAGGACAGAGGAAGAGUGGAGCGAAGAUGAACAGACUCCAUCUCCCACAAUCCCUCAGGGCGGCACACCUUCAUCACAUGACAGCCACUGUGUGCAGGAGAAGCCUGCAGCUGAGACGUAUCUCUGUCGCCCACUAGCAGAACAGGAUGUAAAACUGGAGGCAGAGCCGCAGGAAGAAGACACCUGUCUGUCUGAAGAAGAGGAUUGUGGGACGUGUAGUCCGGAGCAGCUGCUGCAGGAGACUGUAGACAGACUGAAGACUGUGAUGGAGACAGACGGCUGGAGAGAGAGACAGACAGGUGAGAGGAAGGGGGCGGAGCUUCUGGAGGCUGCAGAGCAGGUGGGAGGCUCGAUUCACCACUUGGUGGAUGCUGUGAGACACUGAACAGGUGACUCAUGUUCAGGUUAUAAAAACUGUUUAUUCUGUCAACAUUCAUAUAAAUAAAGACGAGUGUAAAGGUA